GAGAGUUUGUCUUUAGAUCAUAGAAUGUGGAGAAAAGCUCUCACUUUGCUUCCACACAGACCCUUUUCAUCAACCCCUGAAAUCCCAACCCUCUACUCCUUCCUCCAGCCCUCAGUCUUUGCCCUUAAGAGGGACCUACCACCCUCCCAGAAAUCUCACAGUGACCUCCCAACCCCACCUCCCAAAACCCUAGCCCCAGACCACAUAACCACCCUAGAGACCACCCUCCACAAGUCCCUUAUAACCCACAACACUGAUGAGGCAUGGAAGUCCUUCAAGACUCUCACAGGCAGCUCUGCCUUCCCGAGUAAGUCCCUCACUAAUUCUCUCAUCACCCAUUUGUCCUCACUCGGGGACAUUCACAACCUCAAGAGGGCUUUUGCUACGGUAGUUUAUGUCGUGGAGAAAAACCCAGGAUUCUUAGAUUUUGAAACUGUUGGGACUUUGUUGGUUGCUAUGAAAUGUGCCAAUACUGCUGCACCUGCUUUUGCUUUGAUUAAAAGUGUGUUCAAGAACAGGUUUUUCUUGCCAUUUAGUGUAUGGGGCAAUGUUCUCGUUGAAAUUAGUAGGAAAAAUGGUAACUUUGUUGCGUUUUUACGGGUUUUUGAAGAGAAUUGUAGGAUUGCCUUGGAUGAGAAGUUGGAGUUCAUGAAACCGGAUUUGGCUGCUUGUAAUGCAGCGUUGGAGGGGUGUUGUCGCGAACUUGAAUCGGUGAGUGAUGCCGAAGAAGUUGUUGAAACAAUGGCGGUUUUGGGUGUUCGGCCUGAUGAAUCGAGUUUUGGUUUUCUUGCUUAUUUGUAUGCAUUGAAGGGUCUUGAGGAAAAGAUAACUGAGCUAGAGGGAUUGAUGGGUGGGUUUGGUUUUUCAAAUAAAAGGGUGUUUCAGAGUAAUUUGAUUAAUGGCUAUGUUAAGUCAGGCAAAUUAGAAUCUGUUUCAGCAACUAUUCUUCGUAUUCUCAGAGAAGGAGAUGGAGAAUGUUUGAAUCUGGGUGAAGCAACUUAUUGUGAAGUUGUUAAAGGAUAUCUUAUGAAUGCAAGUGUGAAAGAGUUGGCGACUUUGAUCAUUGAAGCUCAAAAGUUAGAGUCUUCAACAGUCAUGGUUGAUAGAUCAGUCGGGUAUGGUAUUGUUAAUGCUUGCGUUCAUAUUGGAUUAUCAGAUAAGGCACACAGCAUUCUUGAUGAAAUGAAUGCUCAGGGAGGUUCCUUAGGGCUUGGUGUGUAUGUGCCAAUUUUGAAGGCUUAUUGCAAAGAGCAUAGAACUGCUGAAGCCACUCAACUGGUCAUGGAUGUUAGUAAUUCUGGGCUUCAGUUAGAUAUGGGGACAUAUGAUGCUCUAAUAGAAUCAUCCAUGUCAAGUCAAGAUUUUCAAUCGGCCUUUUCUUUGUAUAGGGACAUGAGGGAAACCAGAAUAUCUGACUUAAAGGGGAGUUACCUAACCAUAAUGACAGGUUUAAUGGAGAAUCAUAGACCAGAGUUAAUGGCUGCCUUCUUAGAUGAGGUUGUUGAGGAUCCUCGAAUUGAAGUGGGUACCCAUGACUGGAAUUCCAUUAUUCAUGCCUUUUGUAAAGCUGGGCGUCUAGAAGAUGCGAGGAGGACUUUUAGAAGGAUGAUAUUCUUGCAGCAUAAGCCUAAUGAACAGACAUAUUUAUCGUUAAUUAGUGGGUAUGUUUCUGUGGAGAAAUAUUUCUGUGUUCUGAUGCUAUGGCAUGAGGUGAAGAGAAAUGUUUCAGUUGAUGGAGAAAAGGGGAUUAAAUUUGACCACAACAUGGUUGAUGCAUUCCUAUAUGCUCUUGUUAAGGGAGGCUUUUUUGAUGCGGUAAUGCAAGUUGUUGAGAAAUCUCUAGAGAUGAAAGUCUUUGUGGAUAAGUGGAGGUACAAACAGGCAUUCAUGGAAACCCAUAAGAAGCUUAAAGUGUCAAAGUUGAGAAAGAGGAAUUUCAGGAAAAUGGAAGCACUUGUUGCUUUCAAGAAUUGGGCUGGUCUGAAUGCAUGAAUUUAGGCGCUGCUGGGAGCAAAGUUUGUCAAUUUGAGAUUCUGCUCCCAGCACUAAUUACGUUUCAAUAAUUCAAAAUGGCAAUGAGGUGGAGGUGUAUGGCCUGUAGGAUAAAGUCAAGCACAUGAAAUUCACAUUGCUGGAGGCUUUUGUUGCAGAGAGUGUUUGCUGGCAACUUUCAGAUGCAUGUGAUAAAGAAGAUCGUUUGGAAUGUGAAAGCUCUUAUUACUUUAUAGGGGUGACGUGAACCAUAAGUCUAACGAUCAUAUUUACUUGGAAGUGUUGUAUAAUUGUCGCAAAUCACAAGAGUUCCAAAGUUUGACAAUCGCAAGUUGAGCACAGUGAAUAGAAAUAUGGGGCCUAUAACCAGGUUCUGUAUCCUGGCUACAAAAAAAGUAGUUGGUAUUGGGGAAGAUUAACUUGAGAAUUCACUGAGCUCUAGCUUUUCUUAUUUGUCAGUUGGGUUUCUCAUGGGUUGUUGAAUAAAGAGCCAUCAACCCUCAUCAUAGUUUGCAGGUCGUGACUGAUGCAGUGGAAUGAAGAACUGCCUUGGUUUCCAAGUACAUACAAUGUCACCAUUUCGCCCCAAAAUCAUUUAGAUAUCUGUAAAUUUUAAUCAA